AUGACUACAGGGACGAAUUGUGCAGAUGACACACCCAAGUUUCCAAAUAUCGGAAGUACUGUUUAUCGUGCUCCGUAUGCUUGUGUCUCAUCUGUAGAGGACCCUUGUACCAGAAACUUGGAGUUUGCUAAAGCACUCCCAUCUAGCUCAGACAUAGGAUCAACAGUUAAAGAAAUUGGCAAAGCUCAUGCACCUGAUAUUCACACUGUUAUAGUAGAUAACAAUCCAGAAGCUGCAGAAAGGACUCAAGUGAAGGAAUCACCAAAAGGUUUUAAACGCCUCCUGAGGUUUGGAAAGAAGAACCACACCUCUGGAGGAGCAGAAUCAAAUGGUGCAAGCAUGAAUAGCAUGAAGCAGGAUGAUAGUGCCACAAAUGCUCCCUUGCCUAGUGAAGUUUUCACUUUGAAGAAUUUGAUCUCCCAAGAUGAAACCCCAACUGCUGGCAAUGUUUCACAGAAGUCUCGCCUCUCUUUGUUAUCUCCCUUUCGAAGCAAGACUAGCGAGAAAAGGUGACAGCAUUCAGUAUCAAGAUUAUUCAAGUGCUCCUCUGGUUGUCAGCUGGAGGUGUGAUUAGUCACACAGCUGUUUAUGACUUCCCAAAACAGUUCCUUUCGUAAAUUUAGUUACUGUAAAGAUGUGUUGUGUUAAGAUGAGAAAUGUAUAUACUUUCGACUCUAUGUCAACUUUCAAUGUACUCUACAGUUUGGAUUUGAUAGUAGGUGUUUUGCAGUGAAAUUUUUGGAAGUUCCUAUUGUAUA